AUGCCUUGGAUAGCAUUAUUCUUAUCAGUGCUGGUGAUCUGGUUUGCUUCUCUCUGUAAAAUCCUCCAUGGAUCUUCAUCCGCCAUGAAAGCGACUUUCUUAAGUGAAGCAGGGAGUUGUCGAAGGAGAAAUGUGUUGUUGGUUAUUGCCCAUCCAGAUGAUGAGUCCAUGUUCUUUGCUCCUGUUAUUAACUACCUGAUUCAAAGAGGGCAUAAUCUGCACAUUUUGUGCAUAUCAACAGGCAAUGCAGAUGGCAUGGGUAGUAUUAGAAAAGAAGAGCUUUACCUUGCUUCUGCUGUUCUCAAGAUUCCAGCACAACAAGUAAACAUUCUGGACCAUCCAGAUUUGCAGGAUGGCUUUGGCAAAGCGUGGGAUUGGGAUUUACUAGCCAGCAUGAUUGAUAAUGAAGCACGUACCUAUUCCAUUGACUUGAUCAUUACUUUUGAUGAUUAUGGUAUCUCGGGACAUUGCAACCACCGUGACGUACAUCAUGGAGUAAGAAAGGUACUGGGUUCUAGUUCAGGCAGAAAUCUUGAAGCAUGGGAGCUUGUAAGCACCAACAUAAUACGCAAAUACAUUGGACCAGUUGAUAUUUGGCUAUCCAUCUUAUUUUCCAGAUGCCAAGUAAACGGACAAUCACAUUGCUUGGUGAACUCAGAUCCCCGAAAAAGUUAUGCUGCAAUGGCUCAGCAUUCUAGCCAAUGGGUUUGGUUCCGAAAACUUUUUGUGGCAUUUUCGAGUUAUACCUUCGUCAACACUCUUAAGAAAAUUUAG